CUCCCUUAUCUUACACCUUUCCUUUCCUAUACCGAGGUCACCUGACAUCGUGAGACCACAACCAACCCAGACAUUCGGUGGUGGAUCGGUCAGGUCGGAUCGGCUAAAGGGCACUGGACAGUGAGAUGAAAGUGCAAAUGCAAAUGCCCGGACCCCGAGCCCCAUGACAGAUCUGUCGCGGAUCCUGCCGGACUUCCCAAUCGGCCGGUACGCCAACCUGCUGCCCGCCAUCGAGAAGCACGGCCUGACCACCGCCGACCUACUCACUCUUCAGGUCCCCGACAUUGGCAAACGUACUCAGCUGCCGCUCCUCGACAUCAAGCGUUUAUGUACCGCUGUACUAGACGCCCUGCAUGUCGACCUCGGUGUUUCCGAGAAGCAGAAGCAGCAGCAGCAGCAGAAGCCGGGAAAUGGUGCUAAUAAUAAUAAUAAUAAUGACGAGGCGAAAGGGGGCCCUACCAGCGUCUUGAGACAGACCGGUUCCCAGCUCCUGGCCAAACCUUGGAAUUCCAUUAGCACUUUAGACGACGAUCUGGACCGUGCUCUUGGCGGCGGCAUCCCUACCGGGUAUAUCACCGAGAUCACUGGCGAAAGCGGCGCCGGCAAGACGCAAUUCCUCCUAACGCUCCUCCUCGCCUGCCAACUCCCACCGCCCCGGGGCCUCGGCCGUCCCGCAUUGUACAUCUCUACCGAAGCACCGCUCUCCACCCAACGGCUCUCCCAAAUGCUCGCCAACCACCCCUAUCUGCGCACCCUCCCCCCGGCCGAGCGCCCAACCCUCGACAACAUCGUAGGCACCAUGACCCCAGACCUCGAGUCGCAAGACCACAUCCUGAGCUUCCAGGUCCCGGUCGAAGUAUCCCGGCGCAACGUAGGCCUCCUGAUCCUCGACUCCGUCGCGGCCAACUACCGCGCCGAAUUCGAGCGCGGCUCCGGCGGCGCGAAAGGCGGCGCUAACCUCGCCGCCCGCAGCCACGAGCUCGUGCGCCUGGGCCAGCAACUGCACGAUCUAGCGCGGAGACACGACCUCGCCGUCGUGGUAGCGAACCAGGUCGCAGACCGCUUUGCAGGGCCUGCUAAGAGCAGCGCCCCGCUGCCGUUUUCGCUGCCCCGCGUGUCCCAGGAAAGCCCGCUCGCAAGCCGCACCAGAGGACGGCCCGCGGCCCCGCAGCCCCUGCAGCUCUCCGGCCUGGAGCCCCCUAGCAGCGGCACCGCCGAGCUCCUGCGCUCCAGCAUGCCGGAGCCGCCUCCCGAGGAGACCCCCGCGCCCCCGGCCCUGCUCCUCGACCACCAGCAGCGGUGGUUCACGGGCUGGGGCGACGAGCACCCGUACCCCUUCGGCAACGGCGAUCACAACCUAAAGACGCCUAGCCUAGGCCUGAUCUGGUCGACGCAGAUCGCGGCGCGGCUGGCGCUGUUCAAGAGGCCCGUUUACGGGCGGAGGGAAGUACUCGACGACGAGGACGGGGAGAGCACGACUAUGCUGCGCAAUUGGAGGAGGUGGAUGAAAGUUGUUUUCGCGCCGCAUGUGCCGGGGACGGGGCCGGGAUUAGAUGGGGCGGUGGAGUUCGAGGUUACGAUGGGGGGACUGCGGGGUGUGGAUAGGAAGAAGAAGAAGGGGAAUGGGAAGGGGAAGCAGGCAGAUGGGGAAGAAGAGGAAGACGAGAAGAGAAUAGAGGCGUGAGAAUGAAUAUAUGGAUGACCUUGGUUUAUGUAUAUCAUAUGGAUGAGUUCAGAGACUCUUGGCAUAUAUAAACCCUACUACAGUAAAUAAACAAGAUGCAUACUAUGUACUUCGAAUCAGAGCCAUCUAGCAAGAUCUUCGAUUAUGUUCUCGUUCCAAUUUU